AAACCAGAAUUGGGCCUCUGAAAAACGUUUCAGCAGAGCAGAGCAGGGCGCCCCCACAGCCGGGCAUUAAAUACCCGGACACCCCCCGCGACUCCGCCAUUACUCCGCGGCAUCCACAGGCACCCCGGCCAGGCUAGCCGUGCCCGUGCUCCCUUCUUCUCUUCUCCCCCAAAGAGUCAAAGACAGGCACAGAGGGGACUCGCGCAUCCAGCACGCACGCGCGCACGCAUCCGGAUCGAGAAGAUGGGGAGGGCGCCGUGCUGCGAGAAGAUGGGCCUGAAGAGGGGGCCCUGGACGCCGGAGGAGGACAAGAUCCUGGUCGCACACAUCCACAGCCACGGCCACGGCAACUGGCGCGCGCUGCCCAAGCAAGCCGGGCUUCUGCGGUGCGGCAAGAGCUGCCGGCUCCGGUGGAUCAACUACCUGCGGCCGGACAUCAAGCGCGGCAACUUCUCCGACGAGGAGGAGCAGUCAAUCAUCCAGCUGCACCAGCUGCUCGGCAACAGAUGGUCCGCGAUUGCCGCCAGGCUGCCGGGGAGGACGGACAACGAGAUCAAGAACGUGUGGCACACCCACCUCAAGAAGCGGCUCGACCCCAGCGCGCAGGAGCAGCACGAGGAGGCCGGCGUCGCCAAGAAGCGCAAGAAGCCGGCGGCGGCGGCGGCGCCGAGGAAGCGCGACGGCAAGGUCAAGAUGAGGAACCUCAACGCGCUGACCGCCAGGGCGGCGGCGGCGGCGCCCGUGUCCUCGCCCGAGCGCUCCGUCUCAUCCACGGUCACCGAGUCGACGUCGACCGCCUCGGCGGCGGCGGAGCAGCACGGCAACUCGGGGAGCAGCUCCGCGUCCGCGUCCGCGUCCGUCAAGGAGGAGUGCUUCACCUCGUCCGAGGAGUCGGAGGAGUUCCAGAUCGACGAGAGCUUCUGGUCGGAGACGCUGUCCAUGCCGCUGGACGACCUCAACGACGUCUGCAUGGAGCCCCACGACGCGUUUGGCAAGCCCGACGGCGACAUGGACUACUGGCUCAGACUGUUCAUGGAGGGCGGCGGCGGCAGCGGCAGCGGCAGCGACGACAACAACAACCAUGACGGCGCGCUAGACUUGCCACAGAUUUAGGCUCCUGAUGAGAUGAUUUGAUCGUUCUUUUUCUCUCUCUCUCUACAUCUGCGUGCGCCAUCUUCGCUGCAUCGGAGGGAUUGCUAACAGGAAAGAGUUUCCGGCCCGCCCCGUGGAGGAAACCAGUAGCCAGCCAGCAAGAACGCUGAUCAUGCGCCGGGUAGCUUUCUUCGAUCCAUUUUGGUUAGUCAUUUACCUUGUUGUAUAGAAGGAUGAUGAUGAGAGAUCAGUGUUCAGUGAUCGGAACCGAUGCAUUCUCUGUACUAUCAUGGAGUUUAUCUGAAAUGGAGUCUGUCUGUCCGCUUUUCUCA